CGGCUGAGUGCCACGGUUAAUCGGCAUUUCCAUAAUCUCCCGCGAAGUCCGCCUUCACUUUUUUUUUCGGAUUUAUUCCUGCGAUGGCCCACGAACUUCAACUUGAGCAGUUGUUCCGUGCUUGUGACAAACAGGGCUCGGGGCACAUAGGACCCUCAGAAUUUCGUGAUCUUUGCUCCAGUUUCGACAUUGAUCCAGACGAUUCCGAUACGAUUUUCACUGAUCUAGACCAUGACGGCGAUGGUCAAGUGAGUCUCGAAGAUUUCAGAUGGGGAUUUAGAGAUUUCUUAGCGCCUAGUUCACGACGUAGUUCUCUCCAGGUCAGCAAUGGAGCUGAUCGGAGAGGAUUGUGCGGGGGCAGCGAGGAAACUGAUACAUGCCAUGCAGAACUCGAGCGACGUCGCUCUCAAGCGAGAACUGCGUGGUCCCAUUUAGUGGCAGGAGUUGGCGAAGCCAACGUUCGUAAAUUCCUCAACACAAGCGGAGAGAAGCUUGCAAAACUGUAUGAAGAACUACAGACAUCAGACACGCCCCACCAUCUGGUGACACAUUUUGAAGGCGCAUUUAGCAGUCUUUUACAAGAUGUUAAAAAAUUAUAUGAAGAUAACAUGAAGAUGGAAGAAAUGUUUGCACGGGAAAAGGAAACUCAUUUAACACACCUACAGAAUCUGGAAGAAGAACUUGAUGCACAAGUAGCCCGUGUUGAAGCGCAGGCCCGUGAAGAAGCCCAAAUGAAAUUUGAAUUAGAGAAACGUAGCAUAGAGGAAAAAAUGAAAGCUGAAACUGCUGAAUUACAAGCACAUCUAAGACUCUUUCAAAAGUUGAAUAGUAUUUUGAGUCGAGGGCGUAACGAAAAGCAGGGUCCAAUAUUGUUAGAUAGCAGUUACAAUGCAGUUUCUGAGAAUCGAGAGCUGAGAAGUACAUUAGCUGACACAAGGACUAACCUAGCUGUACUUCGUUCUGAAAUGGCACAACUCCGAUCCGAAUAUGAAGAAAAGUGCCAUGAACUCAACUGCCAACAAGAAACAGUGACAGCGUACAUGAAUCAGAAUGAUCAUGUCCACCGCCAAGUGCAGUUACUACAUGAUGCCAACAUGAAACUACAAGACACAAACGAUAGUUUACUCACAGUCGUGGAUAUGUCCGGUCUCAGAUCUCCACGAUCUUCUUCACCUUGCUGCUGCAGUCAUACUAGCUCCAAAGGUUCGCCUGUUGGACUGUCAGAGGGCAGGAAACGCAAGAGAGCAUCACAACCAGUCAGCAGAUCACCUUCAGAUGUAGAAAGUUUAGUGGAUUCUGCCCCCACUAGUUUUGAUUCAACGCAGAAUGGCUUGGGGGGUAAUGUACAGUUUGGUAUAAGAAGGCUGAUGGAAGAUUUAGAUUCUGGAAGAUCAACAAUGCGAGACAACAUGGAUGUAGACAGUGAUAAAUCUUUGCAAGAAGAGCUUCUUUGUGCUACGACGGAACAAGUUGAUCUUUCUGAACCAGACAAUGAGUCAACUCAUAAGAUGGAUGAGUUGGACUGUAAUGCGCCAUUAAUGUUUCCUACCCAAAAAAGCCCUGUUCUUGGCAGAAGGCUCAUUUCACCCGGAAACUUGAUAGAAGUCCCGCUGGAUCCAGUUAUGCUGGGAGGACUUGAACCUACCGGUGCACCAGACAGAACAUACAAGAUAGUGUUUGCAGGAGACGCAGCUGUAGGAAAGAGCAGUUUCAUUUUACGCUUCUGUAAGGGCGUCUUCAUUAGCAAUAUAAGCUCUACAUUAGGAGUUGACUUCCAAGUGAAAACUAUCAGGAUUGAUGAAAGAAAUGUCACACUUCAGCUAUGGGAUACCGCAGGGCAAGAAAGAUUCCGUUCCAUGACGAAAACUUAUUUUAGACGAGCAGAUGGCGUGAUGUUGCUGUACGAUGUUACAAGCGAGAGGUCAUUUCUUAAUGUGAGACAGUGGAUACAGAAUAUAGAUGAGGUGACUAAACAGCGCGUUCCAGUCAUUAUAUGUGGUAACAAGGUGGAUUUACGGGCUGAAGCCCAAUCUAAAGGGAUAACAUGCAUUGACAUGGUGGAAGGGGAGCUCUUAGCGCGAGACUGCGGAGCCAUAUUCCUUGAAACAAGCUCAAAAUCUGGCAUCAACAUUCUAGAUGCUGUCCUAACACUUACAAGAGAAAUGUUAACUAGGGAGGAUGUAGAGGUGCAGACGUCAUCACUGAGAAUCUCACAAGAUCAUAAACCAACAAAUUCAUGUUGUGGCAGCAGCAAGAGUUGACUGAGAAAUCUGCGACUACAAAAAAAAGACUGAUAUUGAGAGAAAAUAUUUGUAUUAAACACAGUCAAACAAAUGUGGUUAAAUUAAUGAAUGAGGGAUUCUGAGUUAUAUUCUGAAAUUUAUGAAAGUACUUGGGUCAAAAUUAGACAUCUCCCUUAGUUCCCAGAUAGAUACAGCCAUUGGAAAUGAAUGAAAUAUAACUGCCCCCUGAUGACAGAGGCAGCAAGCACGUGUGAAGCGACGGUAAACUACCAGACAACGUCCCAGAAGACAGUCAUUUUAGUUUCCAUUGUGAAAAUAUGAAAUCUCACCAUUCAUUGUGGUAAAUGGUACACUCUGUAUAUUGAGAAAGAUGCAAUUAUUUAAAUUCUUAUGUAAGAAGCAUGAACCUACAUAAACUUUUCAGCAGUGUGAUGUAAGUUUGCAAUAAAUGUUAUUACCAGCAGUAUGUAAUAUAA